CGCGGCUGCAGCUGUUUCCGCGUUCUCUGUUGUCUGGGACCGGGGGGCGCCGCGGGGUGGGCGCCGACUGCCGCGCUGGCGCCCGAGCCCAGUCACCGUCCUGCGGGCCGCGGCCUGCCCAAGUCUCGGCUCAGAGAAGCCCGGGCGCCCCCGAGUUCGGAAAUGUCCGGAAGUGACCAGGAAUCAGAACCGUACCUUGUGAAGUUUCUCAAGUCUCCCGACAAUUCCGAGAACUUUUUUAAAGCGCUUGAGUCAAUAAAAGAGUUCCAGACAGAAGAAUAUCUUCAGAUCAUUACAGAAGAUGAGGCACUGAAGAUAAAAGAGAAUGAUCGGUCACUUUAUAUAUGUGACUCUUUUAGUGGUAUUGUCUUUGAUCACCUGAGAAAGCUUGGCUGCAGAAUUGUUGGUCCUCAAGUAGUUACAUUUUGUAUGCAGCAUCAGCAGUGUGUUCCAAGAGCUGAACAUCCAGUUCAUAAUAUGGUUAUGUCUGAUGUAAUUAUAUCCUGCACAAGCCUCGAAAAGGACAAACGGGAAGAAGUUCACAAAUAUGUGCAAAUGAUGGGUGGACAUGUUUUCAAGGACCUUAAUGUAUCAGUAACUCACCUUAUUGCAGGAGAAGUUGGUAGCAAAAAAUAUUUAGUGGCUGCAAACCUGAAGAAACCUAUUUUACUUCCUUCUUGGGUAGAGACACUUUGGGAGAAGUCACAAGAGAAAAAAAUAACUAAAUAUACUGAUAUAAACAUGGAAGACUUCAGAUGUCCUAUUUUUCUUGGUUGUAUAAUCUGUGUGACUGGCUUAUGUAGUGCAGACAGGAAGGCAGUUCAGCAGCUCACAGUCAAGUCUGGCGGUCAGUACAUGGGACACCUGAAAAUGAAUGAAUGUACACACCUCAUUGUGCAAGAACCAAAAGGCCAAAAAUAUGAAUGUGCCAAGAAGUGGAAUGUACACUGUGUGACCCUACAGUGGUUUUUUGACAGUAUUGAAAAAGGGUUUUGCCAGGAUGAAUCCAUGUACAAGACAGAAUCCAAACGAGAAACAAAGACAAUGCCUAAUACUUCAACUCCUACUGGACAAACCAACACAGUUGAUAGUCGUGCUCUUUCAGAUGUCAGCCACAUUUCCAACAUCACUGCAAGUUGUGUAAAUGAGUCGAUAUGUAAUUCAAUUCUUAAUAGCAAAGUGGAGCCUACCGUGGAGAAUCUAGAAAAUCUAGAUAUCAGUUCAUUUCAAGCACCUGAAGACUUGUUAGAUGGUUGUCGGAUCUAUCUUUGCGGUUUUAGUGGCAGAAAGCUAGAUAAAUUGAGAAGGCUUAUUAACAGCGGAGGUGGAGUUCGUUUCAAUCAGCUCAAUGAAGAUGUAACUCAUGUUAUUGUGGGAGAUUAUGAUGAUGAAUUGAAGCAGUUUUGGGAUAAAUCAGCCCACAGGCCUCUUGUAGUGGGAGCGAAAUGGCUGCUGGAGUGUUUCAGUAAAGGUUAUCUGCUUCCUGAGGAGCCGUAUAUCCAUGCCAGCUACCGGCCAGUGGAAGUUCCAGUUUCAGAGCAACCUGAGAGUAAAACAGUCCUUUUAAAAAAGAACAGCAGCUUCUCUAAGAAAGAUUUUUCUCCUAACAAUAAGCCUGAGCAAGCUGAUGAAGACCUGCUCUCUCAGUAUGUAAAUAAUAACUCAUCAUUAGAUGAAACUGUAAAGGUUGAACGUGAGCCUUUUAAUGCCUCUACUCAUGUUGAGUCCGGUAAUGACUCUACUCAUAUCUCUCUUCAAGAAGAAAACCAGUCUUCUCUUACUCAGGGUCUCCCGGGCACUUCUACCAUCACUGAAGAAGGUUUAUUUAGCAAUAAAAGUUUUCUGAUUUUGGGUUUUGGCAAUGAAAUUGAAUCAAAUAUUAUAAAUAUUAUAAGAGAAAACGCUGGAAAAAUUGUGUCCCUUCAGAGCAGAAUUAUUGCUGAUUAUGCUGUGGUCCCUCUGCUGGGCUGCCAAGUAGAAGCAACUGUGGGAGAAGUUGUUACCAAUACUUGGCUGGUAACAUGUCUAGACUAUGAGACUUUAUUUGACCCAAAAUCAGAUCCUCUCUUCACACCAGUCCCAGUAAUGACAGGAAAGACUCCUUUAGAGGAUUGUGUUAUUUCAUUCAGCCAGUGUGUAGGCGCAGAAAAAGAAUCUUUGGCCUACUUAGCAAAUCUCCUUGGAGCGAGUGUUCAAGAAUUCUUUGUUCGCAAAUCAAGUGCUAAAAAAGGCAUGCUUGCCAGUACACAUCUUGUAUUGAAAGAACCUAAUGGUUCAAAAUAUGAAGCUUCCAAAAAGUGGAAUUUACCGGCAGUCAGUGUUGCUUGGCUGUUGGAGACUGCUAGGACUGGGAAGAAAGCGAAUGAAAGCCUCUUUCUGAUUGAAAAUUCGCCAAAAGAAGAACAGAGUGUGGUAACUGAAAUAGCAAAUGGCGCAAAACUCUCUCCGAAAAUUCCUGAGCCUCCUGUUACACACCUGGAAACUCACAGCAAAACAGCCAUUAAGCCUCUGGACGUGAAUCAGUUUCAGAGUAAAGCUUUCCAGGCAGUGAUCUCGCAGCACACGGGACAGGGUCCGGUUCCCGCUGCAGAGAACAAGCCGCCUCAGGAGCAGCCCACACUGCACCUGGACACACCUUCAAAAUUUCUCUCCAAGGACAAACUCUUCAAGCCGUCCUUUGAUGUGAAGGAUGCACUUGCAGCCUUGGAAACUCCUGGAGGUCCCACCCAGCGCAAUAGGAAAUUGAGUACACCACUCUCAGAAGUUAUUAUCAGAAACUUGAAACUUGCUCUGGCAAAUAGCUCUCGAAAUGCCGACACUCUCUCUGCCAGCCCUCAGCUAAAGGCUGCCCAAUCAAAGCAGGAAGAAGCUGUAAAGCCACUUCACAAAGUAGUGGUCUGUGUUAGUAAAAAACUCAGUAAGAAGCAGAGUGAACUAAAUGGGAUUGCAGCCUCUCUUGGGGCAGAUUACAGGUGGAAUUUUGAUGAGACAGUCACCCAUUUUAUUUAUCAAGGACGACCAAAUGACACUAAUCGAGAAUAUAAAUCUGUGAAGGAAAGAGGUGUACACAUUGUUUCUGAGCACUGGCUUUUAGAAUGUGCCCAAGAAUACAAACAUCUUUCUGAGUCUCUUUACCCACAUACCUAUAAUCCCAAAAUGAGCUUGGAUAUCAGCACAGUACAAGACAGCAGACUCUGUCACAGCCGACUGCCCUCAACCGAUUCAACAUCAACAGAGGAUGAAGAGCCAGAUUAUUUACCUGUAGAGGAAAAUGAUACAGACAAUGUUACCACCAAUAAUAAAGAAUCAGCAACGUCAGAUGAAAAUGAAAAGAAUGUCCCAAAAGGAGCCCUGACACAGACCUUGGAGAUGAGAGAGAAUUUCCAGAAACAGCUGCAGGAGAUCAUGUCUGCAACGUCAAUAGUAAAGGCCCCAGGGCAGAGGGCUUCGCUGUCGAGGAGUGGCUGCAACAGCACGUCCUCCACUCCGGACAGCACGCGCUCUGCUCGCAACGGGCGAAGUCGAGUCCUCGAGGCACUCAGGCAUUCUCGUCAAACAGCACCUGACAUAAAUACUGAGCCCUCCCAGAAUGAACAAAUCAUUUGGGAUGACCCUACAGCCAGGGAGGAGAGAGCAAGACUUGCCAGCAACCUGCAGUGGCCUAGUGAUCCCACACAAUAUUCGGAGCCUCAGGUUGACGUGAAGAAAUUGGAGGAUUUUCCUCUCCCUGAGUCUCUACAGGAUCCAGAAAUUGCCAAAGAGGCUGUCUGUAAUCCUGGAAGUAAAUGUACGCGUGAGGCCUCCAACUGCCCGAGCUCUGAAGAACCAGAAGCCCUGACCAAGGACGGCCACCUGAUUCCUACACCUCAGGCUCCCAGUAUCGCCUUUCCCCUCGCCAAACCACCUGUGCCUCCACACCCGAGAGAAAAGAUUACGGUGAUGAAAGAGACUCGUGAAGACUUGAAAAAAAAGUACAUAUUUCAGUUGUCAUCUCUGAAUCCUCAAGAACGUAUUGAUUAUUGCCAUCUGAUUGAAAAACUAGGUGGCUCCGUGAUCGAGAAGCAGUGCUUCGACCCCAGCUGUACACACAUUGUUGUGGGCCACCCGCUUCGCAAUGAGAAGUACCUGGCCUCAGUGGCGGCUGGCAAGUGGGUGCUCCAUCGCUCCUACCUUGAGGCUUGUAGGACCGCUGGGCGCUUCGUGCUGGAAGAAGACUAUGAGUGGGGAAGCAGUUCCAUAAUUGAUGUCUUGACUGGAAUCACUGUACAGCAGCGAAGACUAGCACUUGCAGCAAUGAGAUGGAGGAAAACCAUUCAGCAAAAACAAGAAUCCGGCAUUGUUGAGGGGGCAUUCAGUGGUUGGAAAGUUAUUUUACAUGUUGAUCCAUCCCGGGAAGCAGGAUUCAGACGCCUUCUUCAGUCAGGAGGAGCUAAGGUCCUACAUGGUCAUUCUGCCCCUUUCUAUAAAGAAGCCACACAUCUCUUUUCUGACUAUAAUAAAAUGAGACAAGAUGACUCUGGAGUUAAUAUUGCAGAAGCUGCUUCCUAUAACGUGUACUGCUUGAAGACAGAAUACAUUGCUGAUUAUAUUAUGCAGGAAACUCCUCCUCAGAUAGAAAAUUACUGUUUACCAGAAGCUGUUUCAUUUCUUCAAAAUAAUAUUGAACCUGGAUCUGGAUUAUCACAAAAGAGGAAAGUUCCUACAGAGAAAAAUUUAAUCAAACGACCUAGAGUAUACUGAUUGUAUAUACAUUUACCGAAACAUUAAAUGUUUUUUAAAUUAAAGCCUGAAGAUCAUUGCGAUAGAGUUGUAUUGUAGUUUAAAGAUGUGUACCUGAAGAAUUUAGCAUUGGGGCCAGAUAGAUAGUACAGUGGGUAAGGUGCUUACCUCGCACUCAGCCGACCCACGUUAGUUCUGUCUGUGGCACCCUGAGUCCUGCCAGGGAUAAGCCACACCAGACUUUUUUGGGUCAAAGCAAGAUGUGCUCCAAAAUAUCAAAUAACUUGCAUGUCAACAGUAACUGCUUGCAGCUUUUUUAACAUCUAAUUUUAAUCAAUGAAUUGAUUAAUCAGGAUAACUGUUCCUGGGUGGAAAGUUACCUUAAAACAAAUCACAGCUCCUCAGGCAGGUUGUCUUAAAAGCGCGUGGAAGUAAGUGACUUCGGGACAUUAUUUAUUUUCUUGUAAAUACCUGAGGCUGUAGCUUAGAAACUUUAGAGAAGUGCUGGAUCUUACUUUAAAAGUAGUCAGUUGAUUUAUUCAUAUUUGAUUUUUACUAUCUCACUACUGUACCUUUUUUUAGUGGAAGUCUGACAUUAAUGAGGAUCUGAGGCUUUAAGCACAUUUGUAAAUAUGUAUAUAUACAUGUUUGUACACAUAUCCAUGAUGUUAGCCAAUUUUGGGAAAUGAAAACAAUACAGAAUAAAAGUAGUGACAAAUUAGUUGUUUAAAUAUUUUUAAAAGGCUAUUUCUGGCAUCCAUGCCAACACAAUAAAAUAUUUGUGAAAA